GGCCGGGCAGAGCCGGGCGGGUGGCGGGCAGGGCUGGGCGCUCCCGCUCGGCUCCGGCUGCCGCCGCCCCUGAGUCAGCCCCGCCGCUCCCCGCCCUGCCCCAGCCGGCGCUCGGUCCGUCCGUCCGGACACAGGGAGGGAGCCACCCAUCCAGCUGCAGCACCAGCCUUCCAACGCUGCCAGAUGUGCCGCCAGGUUGUGCUGUGCCUGCAGCCCACUCCAGAGAUCCUUCCCUGCCUCCUGCCCUGCUGACCACCAGCUCCACGGGAUCCCUGACCUGGCCCUGCGGGUCCUCCAACGGCUUGUGCCGUGGACUGCUGGGUUCCCCCCUAUGCUCAGCAUGCCCUUUUCUGGUGCAGCCAGACCUUCCCAGGAAUCACUCUGGAGCUUGAGGCCAUCCUGUAGGGUAAGGUGAUCCCGCCAAGGUGCUGCCUGUGCCGGGCUGCUCUCCCAGCUAGCGUGCGUCUCCCGUUCCCGGUAGGAAAUGGAGUCCAAGGUCUCCGAAGGCGGCCUCAACGUCACCCUCACCAUCCGGCUGCUGAUGCACGGCAAGGAAGUUGGAAGCAUCAUUGGGAAGAAAGGAGAGACCGUGAAGAAGAUGCGUGAGGAGAGCGGGGCAAGGAUCAACAUCUCGGAGGGGAACUGCCCUGAGCGGAUUGUGACAAUCACUGGCCCCACCGAUGCCAUCUUCAAGGCUUUUGCCAUGAUCGCCUACAAAUUUGAGGAGGACAUAACCAACUCCAUGAGCAACAGCACCGCUACCAGCAAACCUCCGGUGACGCUGCGGCUGGUGGUGCCAGCGAGUCAGUGCGGGUCCCUCAUCGGCAAGGGGGGCUCCAAGAUCAAGGAAAUCCGAGAGUCCACAGGUGCUCAGGUCCAAGUGGCGGGGGACAUGCUGCCCAACUCCACGGAGCGGGCAGUGACAAUCUCGGGGACACCCGAUGCAAUUAUCCAGUGUGUCAAACAGAUCUGUGUGGUGAUGCUGGAGUCCCCACCAAAAGGUGCCACCAUUCCCUACCGCCCAAAGCCCGCCUCCACCCCUGUCAUUUUUGCAGGUGGUCAGGUAAGAGCCGACCCGCUUGCAGCCUCCACUGCCAACCUCAGCCUUUUACUGCAGCACCAGCCGCUGCCCGCCUAUACAAUUCAGGGACAAUACGCUAUUCCACACCCAGAUCAGUUGACCAAGCUCCACCAGUUGGCUAUGCAGCAAACCCCCUUUACUCCCCUUGGACAGACCACCCCCGCUUUCCCUGGAGAAAAGCUGCCCUUACAUUCCUCCGAAGAAGCUCAAAAUCUGAUGGGCCAGUCAUCAGGUUUGGAUGCCAGUCCCCCGGCCAGUACUCAUGAACUCACCAUUCCCAAUGAUCUAAUAGGCUGCAUAAUCGGACGCCAAGGGACCAAAAUCAAUGAAAUUCGGCAGAUGUCGGGAGCGCAGAUCAAAAUCGCGAACGCCACGGAAGGGUCAUCGGAGCGCCAAAUUACCAUCACAGGAACCCCUGCAAACAUCAGCCUUGCGCAGUACCUCAUCAACGCCAGGCUGACGUCUGAGGUCACUGGAAUGGGCGCACUCUAAUUUCCACCCACCAUCCUCCACUCCGCACCACCCGACCCUCUCCAGCCACCGGCACUCCACCCAGCCUGUACUGCCUGUACAUUUACUGUCUUCCCUUUGCCUCCACAGAUACUCUUUUCUUUACUAACGUAUAUAUAUAUAUAUAUAUAAACACACGGGCGUGUAUGCACACACUGGAACGUUUCUUUACAAGCUCUUUAAUCUGUGCUCCCGAAGCUGCUCCCAAACUCUUUGGUUAUGGUCCUUAUUUUCAGCGUUACGGUGUUAAUUCUUCAUCUGCUUCAUCUGCUUUUUGGGGACAAGGGGUGGGGGGCGUUGUUUUUUUUCUCUCACUGGCAAGACUUCAGGAGCUGGUGGGGUCUCUAGUGUCAGUCUAGCAUAGCUACCCAUACAUUGAGUUGACGUUGGCAGUACUUUCUGUAGUGUAUGGACAUAAUGAUGCCACCCAGAGCUGUGCAUGUUUCAGACGAAUUAAUUUUUCUCACCCUCCUUCCUUUGGUGCUCCCCCUUGCUUGUCCUGGCUCACCUUCGCCGCCUCACGCCCCUGCCCUUAGGGUAAGGGCGUACUUUUCACCCUGUGUUAUUUGGGAAGCAGAAGCCAAGUACGGGUUCAGCCCGCAGGCUUCUCUCUUGGAACAUGGCAUGGUCCAGACAAGCCCAUUUUCCUACUGAACUAAGGGAAUCACACACACACAGAUACACACAAAUGCUCUUUUCUUUUUUAACUAACAAGCACCUGGAAGUGGGAAGAACUCAGCUGUAUGGGACUCACACCCCCAGGGGCCUUUGAAAGCCCUCUUUUGGCAAUCCCCCACAAGCAAAACCUCAGGAAGCUCUGUGAGCCAGCUGUGUUUGUCGUUGUUUGUGUUCAAUAAAUGUCUGUGCAGCUCUGGUACUGAUGGGCUCCGAUUGUUCUUCUCCUGGGUUGCCCCAGCAAUGCCAGCCCCAUCCUUCCCUCUGCAUCCUUCCACACCUUUUUAGCUACUUGGAGGGAAGGUGGGGGUUGUAUGCAAGAGUUCUCCAUUUUUUAAAUUAUUAUCAUUAUUAUUACUAUUAUUACUAUUAUUAUUUCUCAUCAGCAUCAUAAUAUUUUGUUUUCAUUUUUUUUAGAGAAAUGACUGAUGCACUUCC